AUGAUCCAAGUCGCAAAGGCACUCGUUGGCACAGAUGCAGCGCUGUCGCCACGAGCACUCAUCAAGCUGCAAGCACAAGUGCAGGCAAUGGUGCGCUGUCUCGACUGUCCUGGAGGACCGUGGGACGUGGGCGUGAUGCUUACGACGGACACGCACGUCCAGAAGCUCAAUCGCAAGUUCCGCAAAAAGGACAAACCCACCGACAUUUUGUCCUUCCCGUUCCAUAAAAUUCGUGUUCCUGGACGGUUUCCAUGUGUCAAAAGGAUGGAGGAACGAUAUCUAGGAGACAUUUACAUCAGUCCCGCGUAUAUCCGACGUCAGUGUGAGGAGUUGCAACCCAAGGAGGUCACGACGCUGGAAGAGCGACUGCCCGUGCUGAUGGCACACGGACUUUGUCACUUGAUGGGAUACGACCACGAACAGGACGACGACUACGAGCACAUGCAAAAGGCCGAGACCCACAUCCUUCGCCACUUCUCACAGUUCCUCCCACGUGCAUUUGCUCCUGCAACUCCAGCUACAGAUACAGACUUGAUGUAG